UCGUAGGCCAGCGGUUCUUGACCGGAUCGCUAUGUAGGGCUGAGACAAAUGAGGCAUUAUCCGAGGAGUACGCAUGAUGUCAGCCGCACCGAACCGCUAACUUUAAGAGCCUCAAUGCUGACUUUGGAUAGCUGGAGCCAGCUGUCCGGACGUCGACGGAUGCACUUACAAAAACAGAGCAGCCCGCAAGGUACUCGUUGCCAGAUUUCAGCUGUUUGCAAGUGCUAUCGUCGCACUCACACUGCAUCAUCAUUAUGGUCUGGAAGACACAGCGGUGUGAGAUGCUUUACGUGCUGCACUCGAUGCCACUUGCGCAUGCACGUCCUGACGCGCGAAUUCGUUGAUUGGCUCCGUAGCAGCAGUCGUAGCUGCAAUCCGGGAAGAACAUCGGGAACCGGAAGACGGGAGGGUUUGCGCAGGAGGCGGCGCGUAUCUUGGACGCGCACAUGGCGGCGAAGCUGCGGUGUGUAUGGGCGGGCACACGUAUCGACGAGUAUAAAGGCCCGAUGCAGCUUCCUCGCCCUACCCCACGUAUCUUCUCCCCCCUCCAGGACUCCUCUUCAGCACCUUUGAGCUGCUUUCCUGCUUCUUUCUGAGUUUGGAGGUUCCACGACAGGACCCUGCCCCGCUUUUGUUAAGCUUUCUAUAGCAAAGCUUGUUUCCCAGCAUCGCAGAUCAUCAACGCAGCAGAAAUGUCGUUCUCCGCAGACAAGGUGCCUAUCCUUAAGGUGGGCUCUGGACAUGGCCAGCGCAGGUUCUCGAGCACCAAGGAGCCGAGUGGCAGUGGUAAGUA